UGGCGAACGCCAAAUGAUGACGUACUGCCGAAGACGUUUCGAAAACAAUCGCUGCUGUUUGAUGACGCCACACAGGAACCAGUGACGCCACCCCUGCCCUCUCCAAGUUGGCAACCGUUAGCGACUGUACUUUAUUUUACCGAGCAUUUCACUUCAUUGACGUCCUCACGAUGUGGACCUCCGACGGCGUCUUUCUUUUCCUUUUGUCCGCUCUCGUCGCCGCGCAGGAGCAAACAUCGACGACUUCUCUUCCUGCCGUGUCGUGCGCCUCCAAGUCCAACAGCAGCUGUGCAGAAUGUCUACAGAAUGCCUCCUGUUUGUGGUGCGCGCCCAACAAGCAGUGCCUGGACUACCCGGUGAAGAACAUCCUGCCUCCGAAAAGCGUGUGCCCCUUGAGUGACGCGAGAUGGGGCAUAUGCUGGGUCAACUUCCAGACAAUGAUGAUCACGCUUGGUGUGCUGUCUGGCCUUUUGGUGUUGGGCGUCCUGGUGUGCUGCCUGUGCUGCUGCUGCCGGCGCCGCCGCCGCCGUCAGCGAGUCAGUGAUGACGACGAGGAUUUAAGGGCGGAGCAACAAACCCGUGCGAGGAGCGCCCGUCAGAAAGAAAGGAGGAUGGAAAUGCAGCUGAGGCAUGACAAAAUACGACAGAAAUAUGGCCUUUCAAAGGAUAAUCCCUACUCUCGCAUGGAUGAGAAGAAAUAAAAACCCUGGCUUCGUCUUCCAAGUGGAUUACUCCACCGUAGAGUAGCGGCUGUCUUAUUUGAGACAUCUAUUCAAGUGGAGACCACAACUUAAGAAUGUACACUCCCGAUUUUAACCUGGACAUAAAUCGUAUGCUUAACUGUGAUCUUUUCCUUUGAUUGUAUUCACGUUUGCGCCUUCCUACCCCUCC